AUGUGCAGAUCUAACGAUGGUCCCCCAAAAAUGAUACAUGGGAUACGCAUCAAAGAUGGGAAAGCAACUUAUGUUUCUCGAUUCGUAAAGACAUCACGUCUCAAGCAGGAAGAGUUUUUCGGAGAUGCCAAAUUGAUGAAGAUUGGCGACCUCAAGGGGUUUUUCGGAUUGCUUAUGGUCAUUAUGCAACAAUUGAGAAUUAAAUUGAAAGUAUUGGAUGAUUCUUAUGGAAAUGGAACUGUUGAAGCCAUUAUAUUCUCUUUUGGUUUUGUAGAUGUCAUCAAAGUUUUGGAAGAUGGAGAUCUUCAAACUCUUGGCAUGAUAGAUUAUGACAAGAGAUUGACCCACUCUUUCACUGCCCACCCAAAAGUUGACCCGGUUACGGGUGAAAUGUUUACAUUUGGGUGUUCGCCUAUGCCACCUUAUCUCACAUACAGAGUGAUCUCGAAAGAUGGCAUUAUGCAUGACCCUGUCCCAAUUACUAUCUCAAAGCCAAUCAUGAUGCAUGAUUUUGCUAUUACCGAGAAUUACUCAAUCUUCAUGGAUCUUCCUAUGCACUUCAGGCCAAAGGAAAUGGUUAAAGAAAAGAAAAUGAUAUAUUCAUUUGAUCCCACAAAAAAGGCUCGUUUUGGUGUUCUUCCACGCUAUGCCAAGGAUGAGCUCAUGAUUAGAUGGUUUGAGCUUCCCAACUGCUUUAUAUUCCACAACGCCAAUGCUUGGGAAGAAGAGGAUGAAGUAGUCCUCAUCACUUAUCGCCUUGAGAAUCCAAAUCUUGACACGGUCAGCGGGAACGUGGAAGAAAUACUUGAAAGUUAUAGCAACGAACUGUACGAAAUGAGAUUCAACAUGAAAACAGGCUCAGCUUCACAAAAGAAACUAUGCUCAUCUUCAAAUCAUUUCCCCAGAAUCAACGAGUGCUACACUGGAAAGAAAAAUAGAUACGUAUAUGGUUAUGGAACAUUUGUGGACAGUAUCAGAAAGGUUAAAGGAAUUACCAAGUUUGAUCUGCAUGCGGAAGCUGAGACAGGCAAAAUAAUGCUGCAAGAAGAAAGAACUAUUAAAGGAAUUUAUAAACUGGGACAAGGAAUAUAUGGUUCUGACGCUAUAUAUGUCCCGCGUGAGUCGGCCGAAGAAGACGACGGCUACUUAAUAUUUUUUGUUCAUGACGAAAACACAGGAAAAUCAUGUGUUCAUGUGAUAGACGCAAGAACAAUGUCAGCUGAGCCAGUCGCAGUGGUGGAGCUGCCACAUAGGGUUCCAUAUGGGUUUCACGCCUUAUUUGUUACAGAGAAACAACUCCAGGAACAAACUCUUAUAUAAGCCAAAACUGGAGCAUAUCCGGAUAUGUCGAAGUUAUAAAGCUCAUCU